AUGGCCACCCAGGGCACACUCGAAGCGCGCGAGGCCAUGGUGCCAGGUACCAUUCACCUCCUCGAUGUGCACUCGUCGGGCCCGGACACGGUGGUGCUAAAUCCCCGUCCAUCCGCAGAUCCGGAGGAUCCUCUCAAUUGGAAACCGUUUCGCAAACAAGUCGCAAUCUGGUCUGUCUACGUCUACCUCUUCGGUGUGUCUAUUGCCACUACCGUCCACUACUCUGUUCUGUCUGAUAUCGCCGCCGAGACGGGAAUCACCAUCGCCGAACUCAACACGGGUACUGGACUCAUGAUUCUCUUUAUUGGAUGGGGAUGUCUGAUAUGGCAGCCCAUCGCCCUGGUCUUCGGCCGUCGCGGUGUAUAUGUCUUGACUAGCCUCCUCGGCCUCGCACCUAUGGUGUGGACGGCAUAUUCUAAGACAUCCGCGGAAUGUGUCUACGUCUUGAUUCUCUUUGGUGGAAACGCUCUGGCACCUCUUCUGGCCGGCUUGAUUACGAAUGGUCUGGGCUGGCGAGCCGCCAUCUGGUUCGGAACCAUCGUCCUAGCUGUGACCACCAUCAUUAUCAUGUUCACCCUAGAAGAAACCAUGUAUUUCCGGCAGACGAUAGAAGGGUUUGAUGAUGGGAUCCCAGCCCAGGAUGUCCACGAAUUCAUUGUUCGUCCCUCCAAGAAUGAUGGAACCAACCCAAUGGCGGCGGUCGAAGAAAAAACUAUCUCGGCUCCGCUGAGCCCUCCGAGUCCCGUUCGAGGCCAGAUUUACCCAACCCCGCGAACAUACAAGCAGAAGCUGCAUCUCUUCCGCGACUUGGCCGGCAGGCCAUCGGUCAAGCAAAUGUUCGUGAUGAUGUAUCGCCCGCUGACACUUGUCUUCCACUUCCCUAACAUAGUCUGGGCGGGCUUCCUGUACGGCACGAACCUCUCUUGGUACGCCGUCUGCAACGGGACUAUGAGUCUAAUCUUGAGCGGCAGCCCGUACAACUUUUCGCCCAGUAUGGUCGGCGUCGCGUACGUGUCGCCGUUCAUAGGGUCUGUCGUCGGCGCGCUCUGGGCCGGUUGGAUCGGUGAUAAGAUUGCUCUGUUCCUGGCGAGGCGAAACGGCGGUAUUCGCGAGCCGGAACACCGGCUUUGGAUCUUGACAGUCUCUGGCCUCGUAGGCGGCGGUGGAUUCCUUCUCUGGGGAAUCGGAGCCGCUAACAACAUGCACUUUAUGGGGCUAAUAAUAGGCAUCGGUAUGGUCAUGUCGUGCGUCGUUGUCGGCGGAUCCACCGCCCUUGCCUACACUAUCGACUGCUUCAAAGAGAUAUCGGGAGAGAGUGUGAUUCUCGUGCAGGUCAUCCGUAACACCAUGGGCUUCGGUUUCUCAUACGGCAUCACUCCUUGGAUUGAGAGUCAGGGGCUUGUCAAAACAUUCGUAGCCGUAGCCGCCCUGUCCAUUUUUUGCAACUUGACAUUCCUGGCCCUUGUUUUCUGGGGAAAGAAACUGAGAAGGAUGUCAGCGAAGAAGUAUUGGGAGCUGAUUGAUUCUCUGCUCUUCACCCAUUGA